AUAAACAUUUUGAUGAUGAUGACUCUGUGGAUGGGAACCGACCAUCCUCAGCCAGUUCCUCAACCUCUUCAAAGGCUCCCUCAUUAUCUCGAAAAAGUGGGGUGGGCACUGCUCGUAGGGUAGGAGCAGUAGCUUUAGUCGCAAAAACUCCAGCAACUAAAGAAGGAGCUGGUGCCAUUGAUGAGGAGGAUUUCAUUAAAGCUUUUGAAGAUGUCCCAACUGUUCAGAUUUAUUCUAGCCGAGACUUUGAAGAAUCCAUAAACAAAAUCAGAGAAAUCCUGUCCGAUGAUAAACAUGAUUGGGAACAGAGAGUAGUUGCACUGAAAAAAAUCCGGUCUUUAUUAUUGGCUGGAGCUGCUGAGUAUGAUACCUUCUUCCAACAUCUGCGCUUGCUUGAUGGAGCCUUUAAAUUAUCUGCUAAAGACUUGAGGUCCCAGGUGGUGCGAGAAGCUUGUAUCACAUUAGGACAUUUGUCAUCGGUAUUGGGUAACAAGUUUGACCAUGGGGCAGAAGCCAUCAUGCCAACAAUCUUUAAUCUCAUUCCCAACAGUGCCAAAAUCAUGGCAACUUCUGGUGUAGUAACUGUGAGGUUAAUUAUUCGACAUACACAUAUCCCUAGACUAAUUCCCAUCAUCACCAGUAACUGUAUCUCCAAAUCAGUUGCAGUUAGAAGACGGUGUUUUGAAUUUUUAGAUUUACUUUUGCAGGAAUGGCAGACACACUCCCUGGAAAGGCAUGUAUCAGUAUUGGCUGAAACCAUCAAGAAAGGAAUCCAUGAUGCUGACUCCGAAGCACGGAUAAAAGCCAGAAAGUGUUACUGGAGCUUCCACAGCCAUUUUAGCCGAGAAGCGGAACAUUUGUUUAAUUCACUGGAAUCCUCGUACCAGAAAGCCCUGCAGUCUCACUUGAAGAAUUCUGAUAGCAUUGUGUCUUUGCCUCAGUCAGAUCGCUCCUCAUCUAGUUCCCAGGAGAGUCUCAACCGUCCAUUGUCUACCAAAAGAAGCCCAACCGGAAGCACUACUUCACGAGUUAUCUAUAACUGGUUUUUCUUCUUCCUUAAAGCUUCUGCAGUUAGUGUGAAAUCUGCGUCAACCUCAGGGUCUCUCCAGCGUUCUCGCAGUGACAUUGAUGUGAAUGCAGCAGCCAGUGCCAAAUCCAAAGUAACAUCUUCUGGCUCAGAUUCCCCCUUCAGUUCUGCUGCAGCCCUUCCUCCAGGCUCAUAUGCAUCUCUUGGUCGAAUUCGCACAAGGAGACAAAGCUCUGGAAGCACCAGUAAUAUCACCUCAACACCUGCUGACACUCGAGGCCGCAGUCGGGCUAAAGUAGUUUCGCAGUCCCAGCCUGGUAGUCGAUCCAGCUCUCCUGGCAAACUGUUGGGAAGUACAUAUGGUGGGCUUAGCAGUGGAACAACCAGAGGACACCCAGUGCCAACAUCAUCCUCAUCUACUGACAAACGUAGUAAAGUCCCCCGAAGCCAGGGCUGCAGCCGAGAGACCAGCCCUAGCAGGAUAGCUCUAGACCGGUUUGGGCUUGGCCAGCCAGGCAGGUUGCCUGCCUCUAUGAAUGCAAUGCGAGUUCUGAGUACAAGCACAGAUCUGGAGACUGCUGUGGCAGAUGCAUUGAAAAAACCGGUGAGAAGAAGGUAUGAACCAUAUGGGAUGUAUUCUGAUGAUGAUGCAAACAGUGAUGCCUCCAGUGCUUGCUCAGAGCGGUCCUAUGGUUCCCGCAAUGGAGGUAUCCCACACUACCUGCGACAAACAGAAGAUGUAGCUGAGGUCUUAAACCACUGUGCUAGUUCCAACUGGUCUGAAAGGAAGGAGGGGUUAAUUGGCUUGCAAAACCUAUUGAAGAGCCAGAGGACAUUAAGCCGUGUGGAGUUGAAAAGGUUAUGUGAAAUCUUCACACGUAUGUUUGCAGACCCCCAUAGCAAGAGAGUUUUCAGCAUGUUUCUCGAAACCUUGGUAGACUUCAUCAUUAUUCACAAGGAUGAUUUGCAGGACUGGCUCUUUGUUCUUCUGACACAGUUACUCAAGAAGAUGGGUGCUGACCUGCUGGGAUCGGUGCAGGCCAAAGUGCAGAAAGCUCUGGAUGUAACAAGAGAUUCUUUUCCAUUUGACCAACAAUUUAAUAUUUUGAUGAGGUUUAUCGUAGAUCAGACCCAAACACCAAACCUUAAGGUAAAAGUGGCAAUAUUAAAAUACAUUGAAUCCUUGGCUAGACAAAUGGAUCCUACAGAUUUUGUAAACUCCAGUGAGGCUAAACUUGCAGUUUCUAGGAUUAUUACCUGGACAACAGAACCAAAGAGCUCAGAUGUAAGAAAGGCAGCGCAAAUAGUCCUGAUCUCUCUGUUCGAACUGAACACUCCCGAGUUUACCAUGUUACUUGGUGCCUUGCCAAAAACAUUCCAGGAUGGUGCUACCAGACUAUUACAUAAUCACCUCAAGAACUCCAGCAACACUAGUGUGGGUUCUCCUAGUAAUACUGUUGGCCGAACCCCUUCACGUCAUCUUAGCAGCAGAACCAGCCCCUUAACUUCACCUACCAACUGUUCUCAUGGAGGAAUAUCACCCAGCAUGCUGGAUUAUGACACGGAAAACCUAAAUUCUGAUGAAAUUUAUAGCUCUCUUCGUGGAGUCACAGAAGCAAUUGAAAAGUUUAGUUUUCGUAGCCAAGAAGAUCUAAAUGAGCCAAUCAAACGUGAUGGAAAGAAGGACAGUGAUAUUGUUUCCAGAGAUGAUGGUAUUGCCUCACCAGCCACUGAUAUGCGUGGAAGCAGUGAUGUGGUGGAAGGAGGAAGGAUGGCUCUAGAUAACAAGACGUCUCUGCUCAACACCCAGCCCCCACGUGCCUUUUCUGGACCCCGAGCUCGAGAGUACAACCCUUACCCCUACUCUGAUACCAUUAGCACCUAUGAUAAAACUGCUCUUAAGGAAGCCGUAUUUGAUGAUGAUAUGGAUCAGAUUCGCGAUGUGCCCAUUGAUCAUUCUGACUUGGUGGCUGAUCUUUUAAAAGAAUUAUCCAAUCAUAAUGAGCGUGUAGAAGAACGGAAAGGAGCCCUUCUUGAAUUAUUGAAGAUUACAAGAGAAGAUAAUCUGGGAGUUUGGGAGGAACAUUUUAAGACAAUUUUGCUUUUAUUACUUGAAACACUUGGAGAUAAAGAUCAUUCAAUACGAGCCUUGGCACUGAGAGUUUUGCGAGAAAUUCUGAGGAACCAACCAGCAAGAUUUAAGAACUAUGCUGAACUAACUAUCAUGAAGACCCUAGAAGCGCAUAAAGAUUCUCAUAAAGAGGUUGUGAGAGCUGCCGAGGAAGCAGCUUCCACACUGGCUAGUUCCAUCCACCCAGAACAGUGCAUCAAAGUCCUUUGUCCCAUCGUUCAAACAGCUGACUAUCCAAUUAAUCUGGCUGCUAUUAAAAUGCAAACUAAAGUCAUUGAGAGAAUCUCGAAGGAGUCAUUACAUCAGCUCCUACAAGACAUCAUCCCUGGAUUGUUGCAGGGUUAUGACAACACCGAAAGCAGUGUUCGCAAAGCCAGUGUAUUUUGCCUCGUGGCCAUCUAUUCAGUGAUUGGUGAAGAAUUGAAGCCUCAUCUUGCACAACUGACUGGGAGCAAGAUGAAGCUCUUGAAUUUGUACAUAAAGAGAGCCCAGACUACCAACAGCAACAGCAGCUCAUCCUCAGAUGUUUCUACACACAGUUAAUGGAGAUCUUUGGACACACGUGUAGACAUAGAAACAAUCAGCUGUGCCUCUCAGAAACCCUCCCCUCAUCAGCACGCUCCAUCUGCUGAUGGAGGCCAUGCAAAUAUUUAUUGCAAUCAGUAUUUUUAGUCCUUUUAAAGCUUUUUAUUGUAGGAGAUUCUUGGAAUUGAAUAUAAGGGAAGCAAGGCCUGGAUUGCAGUUUUCAUUAAAAACAAGGCAAUAGUGUACUGUGGUUAAAUACAUUGCAGUUACAUACUGUCUCUGCUAAGAUCUGAAGUAGUCCCAGAGAUGCAUAACACGUUCGUAUUUUAUCAAACAGAUUUCUUUGAUAUUGAUGAAGAGCUUGAAUUUAUAUUAGACUAUAUUUGUAUUAUAGUCACACUUUUAACUAGCUGUUCUAGUUUCCCCAAUUUCUCAAGCAUCAUUUUAAAUCUGAGCUUAAAAGUUGGAGUGGUUUGCAUUUUUUUUCCAGACAUAAUUAUACAGGCUAUAAAAUCAAGCCCUUCAACUAGUUUUUUUUAACUAGAAAAAAACCCAAUAACAAUCACCUGUGUGGCAAAGGUCAUGAAAAUUCAAGAAAUCCCAAGCAAAUAUGCAACAGUACAAUCUAUACAGGGCAAUAUGGUUAGUUUUGUAGAACUGAUUCAAGAGCUGCCUCUGCAUGGACAACUCGGUUUACAAUUUCUUCUCAGUGUAUUUCAACAUCUUUUUUUCAAAAUAUUUGAAAUUGCAAACUACUCUUAAUAUUGGUUCUAACCUACCUGACAACAGCUUUACUGUUUGUUUCUUUGUUUUAACAGAGCUCUGUUUUGUUACAGUAUUUAUGGUAUUCCUUCUGUGACACAGAUAUCUGUUAGUGUGCACUGAGACUAAAUGCACUGUAAUGCCUGUAUACUGGUAAAAGACCUAAUGUUGCUGUCAGAGAAAAAUGUCUCCUAGGAGAUAUGUGUGAAAUUCUAUUUCUGCUGCUUCAAUGUUCCAUGAGAAAAUGUUCUUUCCAAAGCUCUGAUUGGCUUCCUGGAGCUGCAACUCAGAUAACCAGGCCUUCCUUCCUUAAUAAAGGACUUCUUUCAUUUG